AUGGGACGGUCCGGAAGAGAGAGCAGGUACCACCUACCUCAGCCACCCCACUCCGUCACGGAGCUGCGCACCGGCGCCCCCUCUCUGCAUCUUCCCCGCUCGAUCGGCUGCCGUCUGCUGCCAACGGCCCGUGUUCUGGCCCAGAUGGCAGUCCAGUCGUUCGCCAGCUUGGGCCGGCGGGCGGCUGUGGGCGGGGACGUGGGGCACGGGACAGGCCUGAACAGCUGUAGGUCAAUGUGGCGGAGUGAGCUUGGGUGGCAUCGUGUGGGCGACGUCCUCAGGGAGGAGCCGCGUCCCGCGUUUGCUGCCAGAGCUUUAACAGUCUUUCCUGUCUCUGCCUUACAGAUCCGGGUGGACGGGCCCCCACACGGCGGGGUCCAGUACGAGACGGUGCUGGUCAUGCAGGAUGGGAGCGCCAUCCUCCGCGACAUGGCCUUCUCACUGGACGGCAGCUUCCUCUACGUCAUGUCUGAGAGACAGGUGAGCAGGGUCCCCAUUGAAGCGUGUGAGCAGUAUGGCACCUGCAGCGAGUGCCUCAGUUCCGGAGACCCCCACUGCGGCUGGUGUGUCCUGCACAACACGUGCCUCCGGAAGGAUCGCUGCGAGCGUGCGAACGAGCCUUUCCGCUUCGCGGCGGUGCUCAGCCAGUGCGUGAAGAUGACGGUCUACCCCGACAGCAUCGCCGUGUCCGAGCCCAGCGUGUCGCUUGUCCUCAAGGUGAGCGACGUGCCAGACCUAUCUGCCGGCGUCACCUGCUCCUUCGGCAACCUCACCGAAGUAGACGGCGUCGUCAGCGUCAACCAAAUCCUGUGUAUGUCUCCUGCUUCCAAAGACAUCCCACCCAUCCCCACCGACCAAGACUGGUCCGGCGUGGAACUCAGACUGAACUCCAAGGAGACGGGUCAGAUGCUGACCAGCACCGAGAUCAAGUUCUACAACUGCAGCGUGCACCAGCUCUGCCUUUCCUGCGUAAAUAGCGCCUUCCGCUGUCACUGGUGCAAGUACCGCAACCUGUGCACCCAUGACCCAACCAGCUGCUCCUUCCAGGAGGGUCGCGUGAAUGCUUCUGAGGACUGCCCCCAGCUGGUGCGGUCGGAGGAGAUCCUGAUCCCGGCAGGCGAGGUGAAGCCCAUCACUCUGAAGGCGCGGAACCUUCCCCAGCCGCAAUCAGGCCAGCGUGGCUACGAGUGCGUCCUGCACAUCCAGGGCGUCAGCCACCGCGUUACGGCCCUGCGCUUCAACAGCUCCAGCGUGCAGUGCCAGAACAGCUCCUACCUCUACGAGGGCAUGAAAAUCAGCGAGCUUGCUGUGGACUUCUCCGUGGUCUGGAAUGGCAACUUCAUCAUCGACAACCCAGAGAACAUUCAAGUUCACCUGUACAAAUGCGCAGCACAGCGGGACAGCUGUGGAAUGUGUCUGAAAGCGGAGCGCAAGUUUCAGUGCGGCUGGUGCAGCAGCGAGAGCCACUGCACCCUGAGGCACCACUGCCCCAGCCCCGCUUACGCCGGCCGCUGGCUCGACCUGUCCAGCCGCAACGUCAAGUGCACCAACCCGCGCAUCACCGAGGUAACCCCAAUCGCAGGACCCCCCGCCGGGGGCACACGCGUCACCAUCCAUGGCACCAACCUGGGCCUGGCGUUCCCUGAGCUUUUGGGGAACGUGGAGGUGGCAGGGGUCCAGUGCACCCCCCUGGAAGAAGGCUACAUCAUCGCAGAGCAGAUCGUGUGUGAGAUGGAUGCCGCCACCUCCGACAUGAGGCCCGGUCCCGUGCAGCUCUGCGUCGGGGAGUGUAAGCCGGAGCUGCGGACCCGCUCCUCCCAGUUAUACUCUUUUGUGAUGCCAUCUGUGGUGGGUCUGUCCCCCAGCCGAGGCCCUGAGUCGGGUGGCACUAAGGUCACCAUCCUGGGGGAGAACUUGGGAGCCGGGAGCAGCGUGUCUGUGCUGUUUGGAAACCAGACAUGUGAAUUCUACGGGCGCACCAUGACGGAGAUCGUGUGCUACUCCGCCCCCUCGCUGACAGGCGUGGGCCCCGUGCAGAUCAGCGUGAGCGUGGACCGCGCCCACAUCAGGGAGAGCCUGAUGUUUGAGUACAUCGAGGACCCCACCGUGCAGCGCGUCGAGCCUGAGUGGAGCAUCGCCAGUGGACACACUCCCCUGACUGUGACGGGAACCAACCUGGACGUGGUGCAGGAGCCGCGGAUCAGGGUCAAGUACGGCGGCCGCGAGUCCGUCAACGUGUGCAAGGUACUGAACGGCACCACCAUGAGUUGUUGGGCACCUUCGCUAGCGUCUGAGUCCCCAUCCGGACAGGACACCGCGCGGCAUGCCGAUGAGUUCGGCUUCAUCUUCAACAACGUGCAGGCGCUGCUCGUCUACAAUAACACCAACUUCCUGUACUACUCCAACCCCUACUUUGAACCGCUCAGCGCGUCCGGCGUGCUGGAGCAGAAGCCCGGCUCCCCCAUCAUCCUCAAGGGAAAAAACCUGGUGCCCCCAGCCUCAGGUGGGGUCAAGCUGAACUACACGGUGCUGAUCGGCGAGACGCCCUGUUCCGUCACUGUGUCCGAGACGCAGCUGCUCUGUGAGCUGCCAAACCUCACCGGGCAGUACAAGGUCCUGGUCCAGGUGGGCGGCCUGCACGUCUCCCCCGGCUCUGUGAACAUCCUGUCGGACAGCCUGCUCACCCUGCCAGCCAUAGUCAGCAUCGCGGCUGGCGGAGGCCUCCUGCUGGUCAUCGUCAUCCUCGUCCUCAUCGCCUACAAGCGCAAGUCUCGUGAGAAUGACCUCACCCUCAAGCGACUGCAGAUGCAGAUGGACAACCUGGAGUCCCGCGUGGCCCUCGAAUGCAAGGAAGCAUUCGCCGAGCUGCAGACGGACAUCAACGAGCUGACCAGCGACCUGGACCGCGCCGGCAUCCCCUACCUCGACUACCGCACCUACGCCAUGCGAGUGCUGUUCCCCGGGAUCGAGGACCACCCGGUCCUGCGUGAGCUGGAGGUGUCCGGGAACGGGCAGCAGAGUGUGGAGAAGGCCCUCAAGCUGUUUGCCCAGCUCAUCAAUAACAAGGUGUUCCUGCUGACGUUCAUCCGCACGCUGGAGUUGCAGCGCUCCUUCUCCAUGCGCGACCGCGGCAACGUGGCCUCGCUGAUCAUGACCGCCCUGCAGGGCCGGCUGGAAUACGCCACCGACGUGCUCAAGCAGCUGCUCUCCGAUCUCAUCGAGAAGAACUUGGAGAGCAAGAACCAUCCCAAGCUGCUGCUACGAAGGACAGAGUCCGUGGCUGAGAAAAUGCUCACCAACUGGUUCGCCUUCCUGCUGCACAAGUUCCUCAAGGAGUGUGCCGGGGAGCCUCUCUUCAUGCUAUACUGCGCCAUCAAGCAGCAGAUGGAGAAAGGUCCCAUCGACGCCAUCACUGGCGAGGCGCGCUACUCCCUGAGCGAGGACAAGCUCAUCCGGCAGCAGAUUGAGUACAAGACCCUGAUCCUGAACUGCGUCAACCCCGAGAACGAGAACAGCCCCGAGAUCCCAGUCAAGGUGCUCAACUGUGACACCGUCACUCAGGUGAAGGAGAAGAUCCUGGAUGCCGUCUACAAGAACAUGCCGUACUCGCAGCGGCCACGAGCCGUCGACAUGGACCUGGAGUGGCGCCAGGGGCGACUGGCACGGGUGGUGCUCCAGGACGAAGACAUCACUACCAAGAUAGAGAACGACUGGAAGAGACUCAACACCCUCCUGCACUACCAGGUAUCUGACCGCUGUGUGGUGGCGCUGGUACCCAAGCAGACGUCGUCCUACAACAUCCCACCGACGGCCAGCAUCUCCCGCACCUCCAUCAGCAGAUACGACUCCUCGUUCCGCUAUACGGGAAGCCCAGACAGCCUGCGUUCCCGAGCCCCCAUGAUCACGCCAGACCUGGAAAGCGGCGUCAAGGUCUGGCACCUGGUGAAGAACCACGAGCACGGCGACCAGAAGGAGGGCGACCGCGGCAGCAAGAUGGUGUCCGAGAUCUACCUGACCCGCCUACUGGCCACCAAGGGCACACUGCAGAAGUUUGUGGAUGACUUGUUCGAGACACUCUUCAGCACGGUGCACCGAGGCAGUGCCCUGCCCCUUGCCAUCAAGUACAUGUUCGACUUCCUAGACGAGCAGGCAGACCGUCAUAGCAUCCAUGACACCGACGUCCGUCACACCUGGAAGAGCAACUGCCUCCCACUACGCUUCUGGGUCAACGUGAUCAAGAACCCGCAGUUUGUCUUCGACAUCCACAAGAGCAGCAUCACGGAUGCCUGCCUCUCCGUGGUGGCCCAGACCUUCAUGGACUCCUGCUCCACCUCCGAGCAUCGACUGGGCAAGGACUCCCCCUCCAACAAGCUGCUCUACGCCAAGGAUAUCCCCAACUACAAGAGCUGGGUAGAGAGGUACUAUGCCGACAUCAACCGGCUGCCUGCCAUCAGCGACCAGGACAUGAACGCCUACCUGGCGGAGCAGGCCCGCCUGCACUGCUCCGAGUUCAACAUGCUGAGUGCCCUGAAUGAGAUCUACUCCUACGUCAGCAAAUACAGCCAGGAGAUCACAGCAGCCCUGGAGCAGGACGAGCACGCCCGCAAGCAGCGGCUGGCCUACAAGGUGGAGCAGCUCAUCGGCGCCAUGUCCCUGGAGAGCUGAGGGAGGGAGGGCACCAGCAAACCCCCCCCCCCCAAUAAAAAGACUGGACCACACCAUCAGCCGCAACCUGCUCAAGACCCAGCUCCCAUUACGGCCAGGGAGUUUCACUGACAAUGGGCUUUAAUUUCCGUAAAAAUUACGAUAAGUUUCCAUUUAAAGGCUAUCUCAGCCAGGCUGUGGGGAGCUUGCUGUUCGGGGCUCUUAGGCUAUAAAUAGUAUCAAGAUGAAGGGAUGGAUUUAAAAAAAAAUAGAAGGGACACAUCAGGAAGCAACUUGGAGGAGGAGAAGAGAGCGGCGAGUGAAGCCAACAUGGCAGCCACAGAGGAGAGAGGAGAGGCUCCCUGUCCUUACGCCGCCCGCGUCACUCCCGAGCUGCAGAUAUCCCGGGUACUUCCGGAUUUUAUUUUUAUAUGUGUAUAUUUUCUUUCUCCGAACUGACUUCCCCAUCUCUGUGACGCGGACAGCUGCUGCUCUGUGACUUUGUGCGUGUGCUCCAGUCUAAAGGCGUCACUGGGGGGAGAAAAUGGACGUUCCCUUUCGCUUGGCACCUUUUCCCGCACGCCGGAUGAGUGGGCGCGAUUUCCCAACAGGAGGACCACCGGUGACUGCAUCAAGGAGCAAGUAAACAAGAGAAGGAGUCCUACUGAAAGCCGAUUGGCUCCUAUCGAGCACCUUGUCACGGCUCCAGCCAACGGCUACAGUACGAAAGACAACGACCACCACCGACUUCUUGCUUAUCACGAAGCAUCUCCAAAAAGACUCCCCUCGACUAAAACGAAGCCAUCCCGUCCGUGGGUGUACGUUCCAACUUCACCUUAUAUGUGAAUGUACAAAUAUGGACACUUUCCUGUCUCCUCGCGUGUAAACAAACGGCUCUUACUUCUGUCACAGAAGGAGCAAGAUGAAGUCUAGUCAGUGGCAUGAAGUCACACAGUUUAUCAGCAAGCUGCUUCCAUCCAUACCUGGACCGUGUAUGAUGUUUUAUUUUUGCCAAAACACACUGAUUUAUUUUACUUAAUAAUAAUAAUUAGGUUGAAUUUGACCGCCUAUUUGAAAGUAACAUUCCCUGAAGACUGUGAUGGCAUCGCACAGUCCCAUGCGGGUGAGAGGUGGGAUUACCCGGCCACAGACUGUAAUCCUGCCAUGAUCUUCCUCUUUUUUUUUCCGUGCUAAUGCUCUUGUUGGUUUCUCCACCUCCUUCCUGUUUCAGUAGUGCCAUCCCGAUCCCUCGCCGGUGGCCCCGUCCACAGUGAAGAUCUCAGCCUCUCCAACGGUCCAACAAAGUGCCAAACGAUGGUGUCUCUGUGUCAGUCAAUGCUUCACGUAGGAGUUGAGUUCUUCGGCGCUAGGUAGGGGUGUACGCAGCCAGGGAGGAGCCGCGAGCCCUCUGUCUCAUUUACCAUGCCGCAGCACCAGGAAGAACUCAUUAGAUUGUCUGUAAAAUAUUUUUUUUGUAGUCUUGGGUUUUUCAAUCUGAUGGAAAAUAUCCUGACUGCAAGCAUGGCUCAUAGAGGUGAUUGAUGUCAAGGGUAAUGCAUGGUAACCGGAGUGAGUUUUUUUUUUUUUAAAUAAUAGUAAUAAUAAUAAUAAUAAUCCUACCCAGAGAAAAAUGACCUUCAAGGGGCCAAGGGAAGUUCAUUUGAUAAUUAGGACAGUGGUCUGCUCUGUGGUGUCACCUUAUUUGGAACCAGUUAAGAGAUUCUACUGCAUUCACCUGUUAGCACAGACCGGUACACGCUAGCAGGUAUCUUUUACAUGAAACAAUACUUGAAAUUAGUAGGAUUAAAUAAGCGUGCUGAACUUAUGUGGAUGGCAUUUGUGGGAGUUUUAGGUGCUUAUGCUACCCUCAGCCUUAGGCCCAAUUUCUGAACGCUUAAUGAGUUUGGUACAGAAAACCCAUCUGUUCUGCUAGGGUAGGUUUUCACUGUGAAGUCCGACACUCUCCUUUUUCAAGUAAUUUCCUCAAAAAGACACUUUUAAUGAUGAAAUGUAUGCUUAGAGAGGGAAAAGGACUGAAGGAACCACAGACGUUAGUUAACUGUAGAAUCAAAAUAUUAUGUCUGUAGGAGAAGGAGAGAACGCUGCUUGUUGUGCAUAAGAUGUGUGAGAGAGGGCGGCGUCUUAAAGGGCCACAGACACGCACCGACCACCUGAGCAUUGCUAGGUGACCCGGGUAAAUGGUGUCUCUGAUCCUGUUCUGCUUCCACUUAGCCCAUGCACUCCAGCAGAGGAACAUACUAUCUGUAUGUGUCUGUUUGGGUUCUAGUCCAUCCUCCUGUUUUUUUUGUCUUUCGUUCCCUGCUCUGCUCUAGCCUGGCACUUAACUGCUCUUGAUUCCUCAGUGUCUGUGCUGAGAUCGGCAGAAUUAUUUUUUUUUUAAUCAUUUUUAUGUUACAGUGUUUCUUAAAUAUAAUGCUGGCCUUUCCUGUUAAUUGGUCAUCUAGCGAAGGAGCCGAUUUGAGUACUGUAGGGAGAUCUUUUGUUCGACAUGAAAGCGUUGCAUGGAUUGUUACUGUUUUGUCGUUGUGUAGUCCAAAACUUGAAAAACGUAAAUGCUUCCGUUCCAAUGUGGUCAAAAAGCUACACAAUGAGAAAGGUGAAUAUUUACCCUUUUCGCUGCGUCUUCAUGUCUGGAAUCGUUACUGUUGGAAUAGUUUCUUCCAAACGAGACUUCGGUUCACAUCUUUCACUUUGGACACACAGACCGUGGGGCGAUUUCCAUUCCGACAAAGUGAAAAUGGGGAAUGUUAACGUCAAAUGCUUGAGAUUCCACGGCACGGGAUUCGAUUUUCAAAAACCGUGCCGUUGCUGACGUUCCGCCCGGGAUGGCAGGCGUCAAUCGUGACGGAUGGCGAUCCAUACACUUUUCAGUUCUCGGAUUAUGUUUUUCGCUGUCGCUUCUCAAAAGGCACGCAAACAAAAAAAAGGAUAAACACCAGAUGAAUGAAGGAGAUGCUUCAUUUCGCACUUUUUAAUUCCGUAUUGUCAUCCGCGAAAAAAAAAAUCCCAAGAAAGAAAUUCCUAUCACACAGAGCAGAAUCCUUCUGUUUUCUCACUCAUUGUAGACACUGGAGUUCUCUAUUAUAGUAAAUGAAAAUAAUAAUGACAACAACGAUAAUAAUAAUGGCUGUCUGUUCUUGUUGUUUUAUAAAAGUGUUGUGAAAAUUGUAAGAGAGUUAAAGUAUUUAAAAAAAGUUGUUCUUGUUUUUUAUUUUUUUGGUUUUGUUAUAAUAUUAUUGUGUACCUAUUGUAAAUAUGAAGCACACCUAUUUUGCAAGCCAAGGAUUCACUUUGUACUGUUGUUAUAUAUAAAUAAACUUUACUGGUUAAAAAAAAACAAUGCAUGGAGUUCCAGAAUGAGUAGGUAAAUGAUCUCAUGCUU